AUGCUAUCCCGAGAUGCCCAUCAGUCCACAGACGACAUUGUUGACGAGAUGAUUGGCUCAGGGCGUUGGCAACUCCUGAUAACUCUUCUUCUGAGUUUCAGUACACUAAAUCACACACUGAACACCGGCACCGAGGCCCUGAUGCGUCCAGACGGCUGGUGGUGCAAAAAGCCCAAUUUUCUCCAUCACUGGACUGAUGUGCAAUGGAUACUGUACAGCCACACUGGAGAAUCCUGCGUUGGUGUCUGCAAUCGUAAACAGUGGGAUCAGCAGUUACUCGCUGAUGGUUAUUUUCAAGGUUGUGAAGUUUAUGAAAUUGAUUACAGUGCGUUGAUUAAUUUGAGUUACGCAGAUAGACCGACCAUUGAUACCACCAAAACCGUAGCUUGUCCUUACGGAAUCCAUUACAACACUGUUGGCGGUCAGAAUUUAGCUGAGAAGUUCAAUCGGGGGUGUGAUAACGGAAAAAUAGUGUCACGGCUUUGGCAGUCAUCCAGCGCAUUUGGAAGAAUCAUUGGUUACAUUUUUAUGGGAACCCUCAGCGACUGGAUCGGCCGCAAAACCGUGAUCUUCAUCUCCUGUGGAGUAGCUCCAAUUACCGCUGCUAUGGUUGCGAUAUCACACCAUUACGUACUCUUUAUCAUAUCAAGUAUCAUCAAUGGUUUCUUCGACGGGGGAUUCUCAGUGUGUCUCUUACUCAUUCUGGAAAUCAGUACCAACCUCAGAAGAUCGGAGUUACUCGUCAUCGUGUGCUGCUGUUUUGGCCUGGGAAUAGGGAUCCUUCCAACAUUCAGGAACUUCUUCAAGUCCUACGACCUAAUGCUGGUGUCUACCAACGCCCUGUUCAUCCUCAUGUUCCCGUUCAUUGGAAUGAUCCCGGAGUCCCCGUCUUGGCUCUUCUGCACGAGAAGGCUGAGUCAGUUGAACAAGACAGUGAAAAAAGCUUCAGCGAUGAAUGGCAGCUCGAUUCCUCCAGGAGUGAUUGUUUACCAGAGCAACGAGAGGCUCCAGCUACCUCGAAAGAGGCUCCAGCUUUGGCACAUCUUCCUGGAGCCGGAGAUAGCCUGCGAGAUCAUUGGAAUAGGAUACCUGACAGCUCUCUUCGCUCUCAUAUUUGGAUCUUCUUAUUACUCGAUCUUGGCACAUGUGACUAAAUCGCAAGUAGCCAAUGCUCUUCUCGCUGCUGCCACGAUGGGGGGCAUGUUGUGCGGUCAAUUCUGCAUGCUAUUGAUGGGACACAAAAAGAUCCUACAGAUUGCCAUUGCACUGGUCCUCGUGAGCUCCUUCAUGCUGAUCAUUGAUCUUCAUCAGUUGAAACCUUCUAAUACGGGCCCUACCACUAUCUUGUGGCUCGUUAAUGUGAGUGUUGUCAGUCUUAGUUACGGGGUUUUACUGAAUUACAAUGCAAGGACUGUCCCGACAUUGUUGAGGGGAACUCUAUCUGGAAUCUGGAAGAGCAUCUGGGCCCUCUUCGUCUGGACCGGCAACUACGAUUACGUAAAGUUCCCAACAAUGGCAAUCUCUCUGAUAAUGACCUGUAUCCUAGCUGCAUUAUUCAGUCUAAAUCUCAAAGAUUUAUACCACCGUGAAUUGCCAGAUACAAUUGAGGAUUCAGUUAAUUUAAAAAUAAAAUCCAAACCUAAACGCUGGCUCGUGGAGGAGAAUCCAGAGCUUGUUGACGACGAGGAGAGGUUUGCAGGGAAUAGUGUAAAUUUCUUUCAAAGAUUCAGAAAGAAUUCUGUUCAGCCCAAAAUCGAAUCUUAAAUACUAAAUUAUGCAUGAAUGCAUUGUGCAUUGUGUAAUCACGAAAAUAGAGUGGAAUAAUUUGAAUUGGAUUUCUGGAUUUAGA